UAAGUCAGCCCGAGACGCACUUCCCACGGAGCGUUAGUCGUCUGUUGCCCACCUCGGAGGCCGAAAAUGGCAAACUCUACCAUCAGUGCCUAACACAGGAAACCACAUACGAGCCACUCUGAGCAGGUGAAGCCAGCAGCCAUAUUGGAAGGGGCGCCAAUAAUGUAGCGAGUAAACCUUUCAGGUGGUUUUGGUGGGGAACCGAUAAAAGGAAUUGUUCGACUGACACAUGUCUUUAUGAGCACAAGUCUAGGGCUUUUGAAGGUCAUGCUUGCUCUUCCCAGUGUGUAUUUCACAUGACUCGAAGGGUGCUGAAUAGCUGAUGCAUAACUUGCGAAGAGGACGAAACCUACACUCUUAGAAAUGUAACCUGUAACGUUCCCUUUAAGUGAGAUAACCUAUGAAAUACGAGUUAUUCCCGUUGUUUGGCAAGAGUUACAGAACGUAUAUGAGUUAUAUGGCAACCUGAGCGUCUGCUCUAAGGGUUACAUUCCGAAAAUCCUGUCGAGUAACUCAUAAACAAAGCGUUACUCUUUAAGCCGUUACCUAUAUUGACAAAGCACGGCUGUUUCGAACGUAAGCGAAGUUUCGCAUCUUGCUUCUGCGAAUUAAAAUGCAGUGGCUCUGUUUAUUUCGGUAAAAUCAGACCCCAAUUUGCCUCAUUUGUUUAACAGUAUCCGAUUCUUGACGUUUACUGAAAACAAAAGUAGCUAAAAUCGAAUGUAGCACUUUCGUCUACGAAACAAGCAGUCGGCAGAUUUUCUGCUAUUAUAAUCUUAUUUUAGAACACGUCUUUGGCGACACUUUUAUUUCGUGUGGAAUACCUUCACAUCUCCACGUACACGCGCAUCUCGUCACCGCGCAGCCACGUUUUCAACAUGUGUACGGCCAAGCGACAGACUGCGUUUGGCAACAUUGUGUUGGAAGCACGAGGUACGAGUUUGAGAUACGCGCGCACGUAUGUGCUCCGGCGUGCAAGUGCAAGAGGAUAGUAUUCCCAAAACCCUCUGCCGCAAAGGCACAUGGAAAUGUCCCUAACGCACACUGACAUACGUGGGGUCGAGCGUGGUCGGUGCAUGGACGCUGACUGCGACUGUGAUGAGUUCAUCGUGGAACAAGACGACAACGGACGUGUAUGCAGAGUCAUGUGCUGUUAUUGUGAUCACGCACCGGCCAAGCAUUCAACACUGACUUCAUUAGGGAAUCUGGAGUCCCGUUCACUAUCAGCAGGAAGUGUUCAACAUCAAAGCGACGGCGUCGCCGUUCCACAAGCACAAUGGAAUUUGGAGUCCCGUUCACCACCAGCAGUAAGUGCCGAAUACCAAAGGAACAGCGUCGCCGUUCCACAGGCACAAUGCAGUUCAGAAAAUGUGGGCACAUACCAACCCUCCAAAGAGCCUCAAGGAAGCAGCAGUGGACAAGGGCAACAUGAUCUGCAGCCUUCCUUGCACAACGAAGACAACACCAGUCAUGUGCUGUGUAGCAUGCCCGCUGACGAGCUAGAUGAUCAUCAGUCCAGGAUGCCACAACUCUUAAAAGUCACUUUGCUGUUCCGGAAAGAUAACCCUCCAGAGACACUUCCGAACUAUUUCUUGAGGGAGCACACACUUGCUCAUGAGGCAGAAUUACGCUUUGGGCUUAAAAUUGGAGAAAUCGAGAAACUGCUCUAUGCAAAGCUAUGGCAACUGGCUAAAGCAACUGGCUAUGUAAAGGCAGCCUUUGCAGAGGUCACUAAUGAAGAGCCCUCGUACUUGGCUAUUGAUAAAUAUUUGAAAUCACGCCACACGCAACAGAAAUUGGUGAUGGAUGCAUGCAAUCCUGAAAUGCAAAAACCUCUCGGUCCAGCAAUUGUUUUUGGAGAGGACAAGUGGGUAUAUGGAGGCUCUUACGAUGAACGCAUACUCCUGAAUGAAGAAUGCACACUGGAAAGAGCUCUUGUGAUGUGCCUAACAAUUUAUUACAUCAAGGACUUGUCUUACCCGCUGGCAUACGGCCAGAUAUUGCUCUUACUGCAAAGGAUUGUGGUGAAGGACAGUGUGCCGAAAGCGUGCAUGAAUGGCAAGCUAAAGGACUUCAUAACACGGCUUGAAAAGAAGCACAUAAUAUGAUGUGAAAAGAGAAAUUGUACAGGGUGUGUCACGAUUACAGAUACACAACACCUGCGAGCAACAGAACAGAUUUGUUGAACAAAUAUAUUGAAAUACUUCAUAUCAUACCUUCUUCUCUUGGUGUGUGUAUGAGAAGUCAGAUACACACAAUAAACUUGUACUUUCUGCAAAGAG